AUGCGGAAAAAGAUGACAGACAAGAUGACAAACAAGAUGAUCAGUUCAGGCAGUGAAUAUGCGCCAAGUGUAAUUCCACCAUCAACUACUUCAGCGACUACGCGUAAGUCAAAACUAUUCACAGAAGAAGAAAGUGUGGAGUUUCAGACCCUAGUCAAGGACUUCAUUCAGAGCAAUAAACCGAUAAAAAGAGAUUACGUGAUCUCUCAAAAAGAAAAAAAUGGAACGCUCAAACAUUUGGCUGAUAGAUGUACGGCUCGUCAACUUGCUGACAAAGUGAGGACUGAACGAAAUGUUUACAUGCGAAUGUCAAAAUGA